AGUUUUUUUUUCUAUGUAUCGCUUGUCUAAUAAGUAACUUUUUUAUUUUUUUAAUCUUGUGUCUAUGAUUAUUUUGGGAUAAAUAACGUCGUUCAUAAAGAAGUAUUUCGGUAAUCAUUCAAGAAGAAACAUAUUUCCGAUCUAGCUUGGCGCAAACACUGAAACAAUGAGUGAUUCUGACGCGUUAAUAGUCAAUUAUUUAAAGCAUAACUCCAAACCAACAUUCAAUGGAUUUGUCACAAGACAUUUAAAAAGUAUUCAAGAGGCAUCAGUCCUUUUGAACGAUGUCAACUCAGCUUUCCAACUUCAACGUUAUUGGAUAAAUAUAUAAAACAAAAAUGCCCGAAUCGAGAGACCAAGAACAAAACUCUUCAAAAUGUAUUCAUUGUUUGAAGUAUAUGCUGUAUAUUUUACUAAUUUUUUGAAUUUUUAGGCCCAAGAAAGCAUCACAAAACUUUCUUCUGAUUCAUAAAAUGACAAAGCUGCAAAGGGAGUUGAAUAUCAAGUUUGAAAUAGGCAAAUUGAGCUUUAGAAAUGAAAUAUUGGAUACGGUGAUAAAAUAUGAGACUGCUCAAGUUGGACAGGUUGAAGUGGAACAAAAUAUACAAAAUGUUGAAGAACAAAAUGUUAAAGAAGAACAAAAUGUUGAAGAGCAAAAUGUUGAAGAACAAAACUCUCUGAAUCAUUUUAUUUGCAUGCAUUUCUUAGUGCUUUACGGCCUCUUUUGGAUGAUACGCGCAGCAACACAAAGAAUGCAACUAAUUAACGAAGUCGAUAUUACUUAUGGAAGAAGAGUUGAUAUCCUCGUUGCAACCGAUCUUGACACUGAUAUUGAUGAUGUAUGUUGUGAGAUGAAGAGAGAGUAGCUAUUCAAUAAGAGAAAAGGCAAGAACACAGAGAAAGUCCGCUAGAACUUGUAUAGGUUUUUAUUUCUCCAAGCAAUGUUAUCUUUCA